CCUGAGGGCGCGAAGCACACGGGUUGGAUUUAAUGCGAGGGUCAAAUGGCCUGACAAACUUUAGGACACCCUGUGGUGGGUACAUCUGAGACUAAAAUCCCCUGUGCCGUUCAUUCUGCCCAGUGUGCCGCAGUCGAUCUGGACAACUCGUGUGAAAUACUGUAUUUUUUACAGCUUUCCUCUGGAAGACUAACAUUUAUUUUAGUAAACGAAGAAGUACUGUCUAUUUUUAAAGGACAAUAAGUUGCCUCAUAAGUUAGGAAAACUACUGCGUCACCUCAGAGAAUCGCACGGAAAAAGCAAUGUCCUACACAUCCAAACUUCCCGCGUCCUGGAAUGAUAAACCUCCUCCUCGGAAGGUGGAAAUUGACCUGAGUUCACCUGGCUUGGCAGUGUUUGAGUUGGAAAGACUCUUGUUUACUGGCAAAGCCAUCAUCAGCCAUGCAGAUGAAGUGUGGCCAAGGCUUUACAUUGGUGACCAACACAGUGCGGAGAACCGGGCUGACCUGUCCAAGCAUCGAGUCACUCACAUCUUGAACGCAGCUCACAGUAAACGCGGAGUACAGCCAGACAUCUACGAGGGCAUGGACAUCACUUACAUGGGCGUAGAGGCCCAUGACUCCUGUGGUUUUGACAUGAGUGUCAACUUCCAGGCAGCAGCAGACUUUAUGCACAGGGCUCUCAGCAGAGGAGGCAAAGUGUUGGUGCACUGUCAUGUGGGAGUGAGCCGCUCCGCCACCCUGGUCCUGGCUUACCUGAUGCUGAAGCACCACCUGACCCUCGUGGAGGCCAUCUCUGCUGUGAAAGAUAACCGGGGUGUCAUCCCUAAUCGAGGUUUCCUCCGACAGCUCAUCAAGCUGGAUGGCCAGCUGUUUGGCACACACUGAACCCGGCCUGGUAGCAUUACUGGGCAGAUUUCAUGGGUCCACAACAUCAGGAAAAAUAGAAUAAAGAUAUUUCAAGUGUAUUCCACAUUGUUAAAAAGAGGAGAUUCACAGUAGCCUACUUUUAGUAGUACAGAUGUUUUUGGAAAGGGACUUACGGCAUCUGAUCAUUUCCUGGAUCAUGUUUUAAUUGCCUUUAACUUUAAGGUAAAAAUGUAUAUUCUGUCAAUUUGUACAUGUUAAAUGGACUGAGGUUUUACAUUAAAAAAAUACGAAUCUGAUGCA